ACUGAAAUGUGGGACGACUAUCGAAUGUUUCGGGACUGCAGAAGAAAAGAAGGGGAUAUCGUCCAUAGUAGAGAUGCCAUUAAGCAAGAAAGUAGGGAAUGUCAGGUUCUGUAGAAAAUACGUUCGAGGAAGAAAGAUCCAUGGUCGAUAUUCAGAGAGGCACAGGAGGACAUGCUUGGUUAUAAUCUAUAGGUAUAAAACAGCGCUUCGAUCAGUUCUCUUUAUUUCCUUUUGCAUUAAGAGUUUCUUCGCUUUGGGAAAUGGAUUUUAUUAGUGGAAGAGUGAAAGAGAUUAUAAGCAGUCGCUUGCAGGCAAUUGCGAAAGAGAUUAAGCAACUAACUAGUGUAUCCAACGAUGCCGAGCGCCUCCGCCAUGAGAUAGAUUGUGUGAAGGGAAUAGUCAAUCAUAUUAACAGUGGGCUAAGCUGGAAAGGUCGACAACCUUUGGCAGUGGUGAGGCAAUGGGUGAGCACACAAGAGCAGAUCGUCAAUUCUGCUGAAGAGGUUUUUCUCCAGUACGAAGAAAACAAGAACCGUCGCUUGUGUUGUUGCUGCCCUCACUGUUUCCUUGUGAAAAGAUCCAGUCGAAAGAUCCGUAAUGCUCUAGCGGAGUUAGAUGAGCUUCUCAAGAUGAAAGAUUCAGAUUUUCCUAAGAAUGGAGACCUUGGAGAGCCUCAGGAGACGCUGCUGCAGCCCAUGCGGAACGAGCUGGUUGGCGCAUUUGUUCACGAGAAGCUGUCGGAGCUCGAGACGUGGAUGCUAGAAGAUGGCUCUGUUCGUGUAGUUGGUGUCUAUGGAAUGCCCGGCGUGGGAAAGACGUCCCUGCUCAAACAAAUCAUCAACAAUGAAAAGGUACUCAAUUUCUUUAAGCUUGUGAUUUGGGUUACUGUGUCAAGAAAAGGCGAUAUCUCUACUCUCCAGAGGCGUAUUUUUGAGAGAAUUGAGUUGCCUUGGCGAUCCAAUUUGACCAUUGACGAGGCCGCAGCGGUGUUGCAUUCGGUUUUCAAGGACAGGCGACUCCUUCUCAUUUUGGACGAUGUGCGGAGAAUCAUAGAUGUUUCCAAUUUGGGAAUUUCUGCUCCUGAGAAUACAACAAAAGUUGUACUAAUUUCCAGAGAUAAAGAGGUGUGCAAGAGCAUGAAAGCUGACAGAAUGAUUGCAAUGAAGCAUCUGACAGAGGAAGAAAGUUGGGAGCUUUUCUGCAAAGGAGCCUUUGUAGCUGGCGAUGAUCAUAAUAUUGAUAGCGAGAUAGAGCAGUUGGCCAGGGGCGUUGUAAAGGAAAGUAAAGGGCAUCCCCUGGCCAUUAAAAUGCUUGCUCGCACAAUGCCACUGCUUCACAGCAGUGCGCUGUCGGAAUGGGAAUGCAUUCUGAAAGAGCUAAAGGCGAUUGAUCCCCAGUUUUAUCGCAUUGAUGAAGAAAUUCUGAUGGAAUUAUUCAAGCCGCUGAAGCACAGCUACGAUGCUCUAGAGACAGAUGAGCUCAGGCUUUGUUUCCUGUGCAUGGCAGCUUAUGGACAAGACGAAGAAAUCGAUGCGGAUCAAUUGAUACAGUUGUGGUUGGCAGAGGGCCUCGUGAAAAGCAGAUUUGAAGGGCGCUACGUUGUUCUCAAGAUCUUGGUGGACCGAUGUUUUGUCGACGUCGAGGUUAAAGAGGAAAACGGCAUUGAUAGUUGGAAAGUGAAAAUCCAUGAUUUGCUCAGAGAUAUGGUGGUACACAUCGCUGAGAUCGACCAGAAUAGCUUGUUCCUUGCAGGUCAGAGUUUAACAUGGUUUCCAUUCUCAGCACUUGAAAAUGUACAAUGGGUGAGGAUAUCACUGAUGCACAACCGUAUCAGAUCUCUGCCUGACGAAAUUUAUUGCAGGAACCUGGUAACUCUGUUGUUGAACUCGACUACGAUUGACGAGGUUCCGGAGCGCUUUCUGGAGUAUCUAUAUAUGUUAAAGGUACUUGAUCUCAGCAACACGCCCAUCAAAUUCUUGCCAAUGUCCAUCCGACAUUUGUACGAUCUCCUCUAUCUCCAGCUUUCCAAUACCCAGAUCAGGGUACUCCAUGAUCGAACAUUUGAGCUGAGUAGAGUGCAGUUUUUAGAUCUUUCUUUCUCCCCUCUCAUCUGUAUUCAAUCCAUGAUAAAGAAGAUGAAAUGUCUCCGAAUUCUCAAGUUAGCCCACUGUUAUGAUUUGGAGUUUGUUUCACCCGACAUAUCACAGCUCACUGGUCUGGAAGAGCUUGACAUGUGGAAGACGCUGUUCGCAUUUUCAUGCGAGUUCGAAACAGGUCAAGAAAUAAAAAAGGCUUCUUUGCAAGAUGUAUGCAAACUCCAUCGUCUCAAGCGUCUGCGUCUAACCCUAAAAUCCCCAAUUGAGGAAAGAACAGUGGGGAAUCUAGUGGAGCUUCAGGAACUUUGGCUACUUUGGAUGCCCCAAGUCCGUCAAACACACCUACCCACUGACAUGCGGGCCAUGCACAACUUGGAGAGGCUCCACCUGUAUGACUGUCACAUUGAGGGAACCCCUGAUUUAUUCUCAGAAUUACAAAAUCUCAACUACUUAAAGCUUAAAUCUUCUGAAUUACUUCUCACUCUUUCCGGAUUAGGGUUGAGCAGAUUAUCAAAUUUGGAGGAAAUAGAGAUUGAGGAAUGCCUUUUGCUCACGGAGUUGGGAGAAGAAUUUGGUAGGAAAGGCUGUUUUCCAGUGCUGCGGAGGCUCAAACUGUGGAUGUUACCUUCUCUGGAGAGUUUGCCUAGCUCUGUCGAAGAGGGGGCUCUCCCCAGGUUGCAGACAUUGGCUAUAUUCCGUUGCAUGAAAGUUAAAGUACUGCCAUUGGGUCUUGAUAAUCUCAAGUCUCUGGAACAGAUCAGAGGAGAUAAGGAAUGGUGGAAUGAAAUUAGCUCGGAAGAUGAAGAGAUGAAGAACCCUAGUCUUCAUGCUAAGUACGUUGAAAUUCUGGAAAUCCAUGAUAAUUAUCAUGUUUAACACACAGUUUUCCCCUAAGUAAGAGGCACGAUAUAAUUGCUUGUACUAAUUAUACGCUGUUUGUUUUGCAAAGUACUGCUUGGGUGUAAUAAUGUGUUGAUAUUUAAAACAAACUUAUUACAGAGUUUCAGCUGUUCACUCUAGAUACAGCAACAAAGGAGAGAAAUCUUCCCUUUUAUAAAACCACUUUCAUAAGAUUUUCAGAUCUUCCCUUUUACAGGACAGAAGGGUUAGUUCAAAUAUAUAUCUGUUAAA